AUGGAUAUGCCGCCCACGCUUUCUUCGAAGCAGAAUCUUUCAUGCAGGCUCGCCUCAGUGAGUGAAAACGCGAAUGGUCUGCAAGCGAAUGAGCCCACUACGAGCGAAGACGAAAUGGGAGUAGGAAGAGUCAGGAGAACAUCAAAUCCGAACUGCAUCUGCGACGCGGUUCAAGCGGCGCGCGCGGAGAGAGCCACCGUAGAGGGACAGACGACGCAGGCGGGGGGGAGGGGGGAGGGGGAGGCGCCGGGUUGGCACGGCGCGGAACGGGACGGGACGGCGGCGGCGGCGGCAGAGGCAACUCCGAAACGACCCAGUUCGGUUCCCGGACGAGCGGUGGCAGCAAAGGACCAGUGGGCAGUGACAAACAGAAGGAACAAGAGCAGGAAGAAGAGGAUAGGUAAAACACGAGGACGAAGACGAGCGGCAGGAAGAAGUGUAGAAUCUGCAGAACGAGAUGGAGAUCUUGAAAGUGCAGGUGAACAAGGAAGAGCACAAGCAGGAGGAGGAGGGAAACAUUUUGAAGGAAGAGGAAGGAAAAUGUGGAAGGAGAGGAAAAAGGGAGGACAAGGAAAAGGGAGGAAGAAAAGGGUUAGAAUGAGGGGGAAAGGGAGGAGAAGGAGGAUGAAGAGAAGGGAAAAAAGGGUUAAAAGGGGAGGAAAAGGGAGAAGAGGAAGAAGAAAAGGGCUGGAAGAAGAGAAGAAAAGGAAAAGAAGAAGGGAAGGUGUAAGACGAACAAGUAGGAGGAGGCGUAGGCGCCGGCUCGGAGGCGGAAGGGGCGCAACCGCGCGGGGGCGGGAGGGGAGGGGGCGAGGCGUGACCCGGUCAGUCGCCCGCGGAGUUCCGGUCCCCCCUCCCACCCCUUGCCUCCCCACCGUCUCGACGACCUUGGCACAGAUAUCUGCUCGGAACCGGAUCUCGCCAUCCAGGGGGGAAGAUACCCGCCACCUCCCGCGAUAA